AUGGAAGACGUCUCAGGAUCGGUGACGGUGAUCAUGGUGCCUCUUCCGGCGCAAGGCCACCUCAACCAGCUCCUCGAGCUCGCCCACCUCGUCGCCUGCUACGGCAUCCCCGUCCACUAUGUUGGCUCCGCCUCCCACAACCGCCAGGCCAAGUUCCGCUCCCACGUCCCGCCCUCAUCCGCGGCUAGCGACAUCCGCUUCCACGACUUACCAAUCCCGCCCAUCCUCUCCCCCGACCCCAGCCUUAGUUCCCCUUACAAGUUCCCCUCCCAACUCCAACCGGCGUUCGAUGCCACUUCGUCACUUCGAGGCCCCAUUGCCUACCUCAUCCGCUCCCUGUCCUCGGGGUCGAGGCGGGUCGUAGUGGUCCACGACUCACUGAUGGCUUCUGUGGUCCAGGACGCUGCCUCGGUCCUCAACGCUGAGAUUUAUGAAUUCAAUCCUAUUUCCGCGUUCACGCUCUGUUGGUUCACGUGGGAGAGCAUAGGGAUGGCACCCCCGCCGGAGGUGGAGGUCGACAUCGCGGAGCUCAUCGCCUCCAAGGGCUUGCCGUCCCUCCUCGACUCCUCCACCGACGAGUUCUUGAAGUUCGCCGAGUCACAGAACGAGUGCAAGAAAUUCCACUCAGGGUGCAUCUACAACACUUGCAGGGUCGUCGAAGGCCGUUUCGUAGACUUAUAUGCCAGCGCAACAGCAAACGGCACCGCAACCAAGCACUGGGCAAUCGGGUCGUUCAACCCGGUCAAAUUACCCGAAAAGAGGUCGAGAAGAUCGGCUCACGGGUGCAUGGAGUUGCUCGACAAGCAAGCGCCAAGCUCUGUGAUGUAUGUGUUGUUCGGCACCACGACGGUGCUGAGUGACGAGCAGAUCCGCGAGAUCGCCAUGGGUGGGCAGAAGUUCAUCUGGGUAUUAAGGGAAGCUGAUAAGGCGGACAUUUUCGGUGGAGGAGGAGAGGCGUGGAUAAUCCAACUGCCCCAGGGGUUCGAAGAGAUGGUGGCGGCUCGAGAUUUAGGGGUGGUGGUGAGGGACCGGGCACCGCAGCUAGAGAUCUUGGGGCACCCGGCGACAAAGCGGAUUCUUGAGCCACUGCGGGUGGAACUCUUGUAUGGAGAGCAUCAGCAUGGGAGUGCCGAUCCUCGCAUGGCCUAUGCAUUCGGAUCAGCCCCGGAAUGCGGUCUUGAUCACACGAGUCCUCAAGAUUGGACUUAUCGUCAAGGAUUGGAUGAGCCAAGACGACCUCGUGAAGUCGUCCACCAUCGAAGGCGCCGUGAAGGCGCUCAUGGUGUCGAGGAAGGGAGGAGGCGAGGAAGAGGGCGGCUGAGUUAG